AUGGAGCAGACCAACCAUGACGAUGUCAGCUCUGCUGAAGUUGCGAGGGCUUACUCAGGAUCUUUGGGUGCAUCAUCGUUUCAGUUUACUCCCCUUUGGGAAAGCGUUGACUACGUUUGUAGUAUUAUACUAAGUUGGUAUGACUUCCCUGAUUUCAAAGGUGGAGAGGCGCUGCAACAGCUUGUGCGUGCGUACACAAUCGUCUGCCGGUUAGUUUCUUCCCCUUGUGCUGGGUGCCCACCACUCGCUAGACCCUCAGUGGAGGGAGAUAUUGUUACUGCUGCUGAGGUUACGCAGUCUUUGGUGGUUUAUAGCCGUAUCUGCGAUAUGAUACGCAAGAGACUGGAUACCGUAGUUGGAAUGCGCUUCAGGGAUGCUGCGGAACAGCCACCCCCACGUCUUCUGGAGGACUACAUUGUCGAAUGGAAGAGGUUCAUUACUUCCGUCAAUAUGCUGAAAUUCGUAUUUUCUUAUCUCCACGGACCAUGGCAGAAAUAUGGCGUACCACCUGGUCUCAUGCAGUCCACUGAGGUAAUUGCCCUCAACAAGUGGAGCGAAAUGUUAAUGAACACUAAUUUUCAAGAGGCCCUUACCAACCAGAUUUUUGAGCUUGUUGCCAUGGAUCGACAUCACCAUCCAAACAUGGAAAGGGCUCAAAUUCUUCGGGAAGUGGGCCAUGCUUUGGGUGUGGUAAGUGACGCAAGGAGUAACUGGUAUGUUACCCUUGUGGAAGAGCGCUACCUCCGACAAUUAACCGAUUUCUGUAAGCUUAAGACUGAAGAGAUGAAACUGGGUGAUGUUGAGCACUAUAUUGAAGAAGCCCUCACCAUUUUCAGGGAUGAGACGGAGCGCGCCAUUCGCUUGCUGGCGCAGAGCUCGAUACAGCCGGUGGUCCAACGAAUAGCUGAGGUGCUCAUCAAUGACGAACUUUCAUUCUUGGAUGAGUUCAUUUCCAGUGAAAUAGUUAAAAAUAGGGUGACUCAGCUGCGCCAGUUAUACUCGUUGCUUUCACAAAGUCAAGUUGGACUGAGACAUUUGAGGGAUGAAUUUAAAAAGUGUGUCAUUGAAAAGGGGCGUCGUGAAAUCAAUGAGGCGUGCGAAAGGGCUAAGAACUCGAAUACUGGCGUUUACCAAGUUGCCCUUGAAAAAGUUAUUUCAGUGUACAGGGAUUUUCAGUUACCAAUGAAGGCCUUCGGGGAUAAGGGGGAUUUUGAGAAGGAGCUCAUUGAUGGGCUUCAUAAUGUCUUAACAGCUUGUUCCUAUCUUGACCCCCAAAACAUGUUGGGACGUGAGGUGGCGCGAUUUGCUCACAACGAACUGAUUUCCAGAAAAUUGGGGGUCCGCUGCGAAGAAGACGAAGGAAAUAUGAAUAACAUUGUUAUAUUAUUUCGCGUUCUUCCCACAAAGAACCUGUUUGUGGAAACAUACCCUAUGUACCUCUGCUCACGGCUCCUGUCUACUGAGUAUGUUGUUGAAAACGAGCGGUUGCUUAUACAGGAAAUAACACAGACGGGAGAAUGCACGAGAGAUUUUAUGAACAAGUGCGCAACGAUGUUGAAUGACGUGGGGGAAGUCAGUGAGAGGCUGUCAGAACAGUUUCGAGAGAAGGCGGGACUGACGGAUUUGAACUUCCACCCAACUGUCCUGAAUAGCUAUUUCUGGCCAAAUUUCUUACCUGAACCCGAGAUGGCUAUUCCUGGUUACUUGCAGAUGAAGUUGUUGGAAUUCGGGAAGUUUUUUCAGGAUGUGUGUCCGAGACGCCACAUCAGCUACGUCAACAGGUUAUCACAGGGUGUAUUGAGGUUUAACCUUUCUGAUGCUUCUCCAGUGCAAGGCUUGGACAUCUGUGUGGGCGUCCGGCACCUACCGGUUGCUGAGUUAUUCAACUGCUGUGCCGAAUGGGAGCUUCAGGAGCUGAUACAAAGUGUAGGAAAUGAUAACUCUAACAGCUGUUUAAGUGCUAUAAAUGAUUUUGCGAAGCACGGUAUACUCGAUAUUCACGAGGAGGGAGGUGUGACGUUGAAAAGCCACUUGCGGGAAGUUCUUCCAGGCUGCCGUGUUUCCAUCGGACGCACGCCCGACAUCAGGAACAGAAAGAUAGUUUUGCAUGAAACGAAGCUCGAUCGAGAGACCAAAGUGGAUGGAGCAGGUUCUUCUGAUUUCUCACCAGAACGCUACGAUGUUAAUACCACCACAGAGCAGAUGGUAGCAUUGUCCACACAGGCCACGCUUAUUCGUGCGUUUAAAAGUGAAGGGACUGCUUCUUUUUCGCAGUUGUUCGAAAGAGUCGAGAAUGAGUCACCGGCGCACUUAAAGCCAUCGAUCCAACAGAUGAAAGUAGCCUUGGAGUUUCUCAUCAGCCGUGAAUUCGUCCGAAGAAAUGAAGACGGUACAGACACGUUUUCGUACGUUACAUAA